GUCAUGCCUAAAUUUAAAGAUAAUGGGAAAUGGUGAAAGCAAGUUGCCACAAAAAUAAAUAGCUGAAAAUGAAAGGAGAAAGGCAGACUGAACAAGCAGCUCAACAGAAAGUACUCAUUGCCAGAAUGCAGCGCAGAAAGGACAAAGCUAAACGGAGACUGCAUCAGAUGUUCACUCUGUACAUUAGGUUUAAUGGUUGUAUCAACGGCUUCAUAUGACAGGAAAUGAUCUGGGCGUUUUGUUCACUUAUUCUGGAUGCCCUUAGUUUCACAGAGCAACGGGUAACAUGGAUUGCACCUCGGAAGGGGACAGCUGAACUCUCCCUCUGGCUUUAGUGAGGAAAGAGCAGCGAUGAAAUCCGUGGACUGUGUGCACGUCAUCCAGCAGAAGGAUACCGCCUCCUCUCCCUCUGGCCCCCCCGGUGCUGCUUCAGGCACCACGGGACUUUUUUCUGUCACAUUCCUGUGGCUUGCAAUGCUCCUGUCCUCUUGUCUUGCAGCAGUGUCUCUUUACCACGCUAUCACCCUGAAAACAGAGCUAGAAGCUCUGCGCAGUGAGCUGAUCUACAGGGUCCGGGCAAGGUCUCCGCUAGAGCAGCCACCCGUGUCCCCUGGCGACAAGAAAGCAGGUGCCCCUGUUUCUUCCUUCCUGCAAGUGUCUGCAGCUGGCGCCAGGCAGGAGAACAGGCUGCCUGGCCCUUACCCAGCUGAAAGUUUCCAAAAGGAAAUCUGGGACGGGAGCAGAAAUAGGGGGAGAAGGUCUGUUGUCCACACAGAAGAAACAGAUCAGUCUCCUAUUUACUCUUCAGCAUCUCCAGCCUCUUCAGUUUUGAUGCUGCAGGCCUGCUUGCAACUGAUUGCUGACAGCAAAAGUGAUAUCCAACAGAAAGAUGAUUCAAGCAUUGUCCCUUGGCUUCUGAGCUUUAAGCGUGGAACAGCUCUGGAAGAACAGGGAAAUAAAAUAGUGAUCAAAGAAACAGGAUAUUUUUUCAUAUAUGGCCAGGUUUUAUACACUGAUACAACAUUUGCAAUGGGACAUCUAAUACAGAGGAAGAAAGCUCACGUGUUUGGUGAUGAUCUCAGCUUGGUGACAUUAUUUCGUUGCAUUCAAAAUAUGCCACAGUCUUAUCCAAAUAAUUCUUGCUAUACUGCUGGCAUUGCAAAAUUAGAAGAAGGGGAUGAACUUCAACUUACAAUACCUCGAAGAAGAGCUAAAAUAUCCUUGGAUGGAGAUGGUACUUUUUUUGGUGCAGUUAGACUCCUCUGAAGCCCUUUAUUUUUGUUACUACCCUUAGUGCAAUUUUCUUCUUCUUCCAAUGCAUUUGCCAAAGAAAAAAGAAACUGAAUUCUACCAUAACUGCCAAUUUGGUCUCUCUCCUUCCGCCAUCAGAUUCUGAAACCUAUUCUUUGGUCUAAUAAGCAAACCCAAAACAGGAAGUACACCAGACGUACUUGUAAGAUAAAAAUGUCAUGUGAUUACCAGAAAGACAAUUUAUUUUACACAGUGGGAGAUUCUAAACAACAGCUGUAAGGACGUGGUUUUUUGGCUUUGAAAUAAUUUCUGUGAAGCAAAUCAAAGAAGGAGUCAACCAGAAAGUAUAGCAUGAACAGGACCGCUCUGUUUUUAUAAAGAAAGGGAAAACUAAAACACAAGUUAGUCUUACUUUGCUUUGUUUCACGAAAAAUAAAAUAAAAUAAAAUAAUUAAAAAAAAAAAAAAAAAAAAAAAACACCCUGAAAAAAGAACCUGAGGCAUAGUGUACAAGGAAGGGUAAUGAAACAGCAUAUUCCUCAUCACGAAGUAGUGUUGUCUGCUAGUUUCUCUUUAUUUUUGUUGUUUGUUUUUUAGUUUGACAUUGAGUUUUGUUUUGGGAAGGAAAAAAAAAAUCUAAAAGCACAGGAUGAUCAAGCAAACACUCGUAAGCAUGUAGAAUGGUAGGCACUGCCCUGAUUCUUCCCUGAGGACAAAAGGACAUUAUUAAGAUCUAUUAGUAUUUACUAUUUAAGAUGAGUUUUACUGGAAAUAAGGCACAUAAGAUGCUUUGACAGCUCAGUCUUCAGGGAAUAUGUGCAUACAUAUGCAUAAACAAGAUGGGCAGAGAAAGAAACACAAUGAAAUUAGGAACAGUACAGUGGGACAAAUUGGAUUUCUGACUUCAUCAUUUCUGCAGUCAUAUAUGUGUGUGUUCCAUGUGUAUAAAUAUAUAUACGCAGUAUUUAUAUAUAUAUAUGAAAGUAUAUACACACAUAUAUGAGCCUUUGACACUUAGGUAUAGUAUCCUAUCUUCUUUUGGACACCUUAUCCAAUGGAAAUAUUGCUGCAUACAUAUUUGUUGUAUUUGUCUUGCUUUUGCUAUUGUCCAUGCAAAGGAAUGCUGUAAAAAGAAAAAUCCAACAAACAUGGAACCAGCCAUACAGCUAAUAGAAUACAUUUAUUGCCCAUAGAUCUGGCCUCAAUCACUAGGAUAGAUACAGAUACUUCUGUGCAGUAUUGAAGAAGAGGCUCUGGGGAGACCUGAUAAUAGCCUUUCAGUCUCUUAAAGGAAUCUAUAAGGAAGAAAUGCACAGACUAGGAUACUCUAGGAGAGUCUGUGGUGACAGGAGAAGGGGAAAUGGUUUUAAACAAAACAAGGGGAGAUUUAGACUGGAUAUAAGGAAGAAUUGUUUUUUUCAAUCAGGGUGGUGAAGCACUGGUUGCCCAGAGAUUAGAUGGAUGCCCCAUCCUUAUAGACAUUCAAGAUCAGACUGGUCAGGGCUCUGGACAACUUUAUUGAGCUGUAGGUGUCUCUGUUCAUUGCAGGGGAGUUGGACUAGAUGACCUUUAGAGGCCCUUUCCAGCUUAACAUUAAUGUGAUUCUAUGGGGGGGGGGGGGGAAGAAGAAAGAAAAAAGAAAAAGAAACAACCAACACAAAAGCAGAUCUGUAGAAGGACACAUAUAUUUUUUGUUCCCUCUUAUCUGCUCACUUUGUUCAGGUGAUGAGAUUUUUUUCUUUUCCUUCCCAAAAAUCCAUGUCUGCUGCAUCUAACAAACAGGGUGGUUCGGAGCUUCUAGGACCUACUGUAAUGAAAAUAUUGAAUACUUAUGCCAUUGGUCUGCAAAGAGAUAUGAAUGUGAUACUGAAAUAGGUGAAACAGUAAGAGCCAUAGUAAUGAAUUGUGCUUGACUUGAAAAUAUAUUUUUAGAGGUUGAGAAUUUUGUCAUAAAAUCUCAUUUAGUAAAGAAAAGUUGCUUUGUAUAUUGCACUGUCCUUGCCUGUUUUUAUAAAUCAUGCUGACUGAUUUGACUGAGUUCUUAGGAUGAUAGAAAAUAAACAGUAACAGAUUUGAAGCUAGGAGUUAUGGACUGUAGUGAACUAAUGAAAGAAUUCAACUCCUCUAUGCUUCAAAAAGACAUUUCAGCAGUGAGGGUACUUGUAUUGGGUUACCAUACCAAGAUUUUUGUGAGGCCUAAGUUUUCAAAAUGUAUGGAAGAACUUUGUAUACAAAUAUAUAAAAAUAUGUGCUCUUUAUUUAUGUGUCCUGGAGGUAAAACUGAAUUUUAUUAUUAUUUUGUAACUGCAAUACUAAGUUUACAAGAAAGAGGUCUGAAAUCCUCUACUGGAGUCCUCAGUUCAGCCAAAGUUUGUCUGAUGCUGCAUGUAAAUAAAGCAGUUAUUAGCACGCACCAAGCUGGCUUUUAUUACUGAAGGACCUUAUAGAGGUGCAUAGAAUCCCAAAUCAGAUCCUUUUUUGUUUUAGUGUUGAAUGUUUACAUGGAAAAAAAUCAAACAAAAAAAACAAAAACAAAACAAAAAAAACCAAAACAAAACAAACAAAAAAAAACCAUUGUUUUCCCUUAGACUUCAUGUUUAAAUGCGCAAAAUUACCUUUUGGUAUGGGGUUCCUGUAGGCUUAUGUAUCCUUUAUGUAAGCCAAUUCUGAACCACGCUGGACUGGCACCAUAUAAGAUGUAGCUUUUAUACUUUAUUUUAAUAAAGUAAUAUUUUAAAUAUUUUAAA